AUGCUCCGAAUAAAGCACGAGAAAGCGAAUACUUACCAGGAUGAGAUAAAAUAUGUUCCUUUAAAGAAAGUAAAUAUCAAAGCUGAGCUUUAUUCAUUUGCAGCUGAUGUAACUAUAACACAAGUGUUUCGAAAUGAUGAACAAAUACCUAUUGAAGCAGUCUAUUGUUUUCCAAUAGAAGAAAAAGCGGCUGUCUAUUCAUUUGUAGCUCAUAUUGAUGAUCGUGAAAUAAUUGCUCAGUUGAAAGAAAAGAAAGAAGCACAACAGGAAUAUGACAAUGCUUUACAGCAAGGUCAUGGAGCUUAUUUAUUGGAACAAGAUGAACAAACAAAAGAUUGUUUCAUUAUAAAUAUUGGUGCAUUAAAUCCAUCAAAAGAAUGUAUCAUUACAAUUGCUUAUGUAACUGAAUUAGAACUUGUCCAUGAAUCUACUAUACAGUUUGUCAUUCCGACAACUAUUGCUCAACGUUAUAAUCCUGAUACGAAAAGUAUCUCAUUGCCGGCAAAUACAAAUUGCAAUUAUAUUCAAUCAAGUUCAUGUACGAUUGAAUUGAUUUGUCGAAUUAAGAAAAUCGAUGGGCCUAAUCAACAACAAAUUGCUCGUGUAAAUUCAACUUCACAUCCGAUUGAAGUUGAUAUUACACAACAAGAUGCUUAUGUAAUUACAUUUGCACAAGAAAAUACUCAUUUAGAUCGAGAUAUUUUAAUUAAUAUUGUAUUAGCUGAGCAGCAUCAGAAUACGAUUGUUGCUGUUGAACAAGGUGCUAUAAUGGUUAUAUUUACUCCUGCUGAGCAAGAUUAUUCGCAUCAGACAUUGGAUAAUGAAUUCAUAUUUGUUAUUGAUUGUAGUGGAUCAAUGCAGAGUGAAAAUAAGAUUGAACUUGCUCGGCAAGCCAUGUUAAUAUUUCUGAAAAGUCUUCCUGUAAAUUGUUAUUUUAAUAUUGUUCGAUUUGGAUCCAAGUACAAAUGUCUUUUUAAUGAAAUGACGGCUAUAUAUAAUGAAGAAAAUGUUCAACAAGCUGAACAACUUAUCAAUUCGAUGCAAGCUGAUUUAGGUGGCACUGAAUUACUUGAACUAUUAAAAUGGUUUGAACAAUAUCCACCUGUUCAAGAUCGUGCUCGUCAAAUUUUUCUUCUAACCGAUGGCGAAAUUAAUGAUGUUUCACAAGUAAUCGAUUUGUGUCGAUCGAUGGCAUCAUCAACGAGAAUCUUUUCAUUUGGCUUAGGCCAUUCACCUAGUCGAUCUUUAGUCAAAGGUCUUGCUCGAUCAACUAAUGGUCAAUUUGUUUUUAUUUCACCGAAUACGAAUGUUGAUAUUUAUGUUGGCGAACAAUUGAAAAAAGCCCUUCAACCAUGCAUUGCUAAUGUUCAUGUUGAAUGGAAUUUAGAGAAUAAAGUACAAACUGCUCCAACACAAUUACCUCCUGUCUUUGUCAACGAUCGGCUUAUUAUCUAUGGUCUUGUCGAAGAUGAAACGAUUCAAUUCAAUCAUAAUUCUUCUAUUGAACUAAUGGUUAAACCGAAUAAUCAACGAUUAGCUAUGGCUCAAAUUAAUCGAAUACCAAGCGUAACUCAUAAUGGAACGAUUAUUCGUCUUGCUGCUAAAGCACUCAUUCUUGAAUUACAGCAUGAGAAAACGUCAUCUUCAUUACAAAAGCGUUUUGAUGAUGUAUCAAUACCGAUAGAUGAAACAAUUGAAACAGCAGCAAUAACAAAGAAACGAAUCAUCGAUUUGUCUCUUAAAUAUAAUAUUUUAAGUCCAUAUACUGCUUUUAUUGGCGUUGAAAAACGAACAAAUAUGAGCAAUGCUGAAAUGAUUCUUCGUGAAGUACCUAUUCAGAUUUCAGUCGACGAUCAACACCUACAAACGUUUCAACCGUCAUACUCUAAUAGUGGAGGAUUUUCACCGAGAUGUGCGCUAACUUCGCCAGGAUACUGCUACUCGCCAUUUUCACGGAGUUAUUCACAAACUUCACCACAAUACUCGCCGUCUUCACCGAGUUAUGCACCAACUUCACCAUUUUAUUUUCCCACCUAUAAUACUUCUGUAACAUUGAAUAACACGAAUGAAGUAGACAAUGUGUUAGAAAUGCAAGACACACUCGGCGAUAGUUCAGUAACACAGAGCAGAAAGAGAAAAAGGUGUGAAACAGAAGUAACAUGGCCCGAUGAUGAUCGAGACAUAGUUCGUCGUUUGAUUAUGGAACAAAAAUUCGAUGGUCUUUGGAAUCUAGAUAUUAAAAGUAUUGAACACUUGACUGGAAAAUCAUUCGCUACCUUUCCAUUAGUCGAUUUUCAAAUUAAUAUGCAAACACUUAUUUCAGCCAUUAUUAUUGCAUUGUUUGUAACACGUUUUGCAGUAUUCGUAUCUCUUUGGCACGGUGUUGUACGAAAAGCUCGAGCACGUCUAAAUGAUUUGUUCGAGAAAGACUCAAAUAAACUAAACUUAUUGCUUGAUAAGAUUAAUAAACAAUUAUGUGAAAACUAA